CUGCAUAUCGGGGGAGCGAAUCUGUCGUGCGGCUUCUCCUCGAGCGUGGAGCAGAGGUGAAUGCUCAGGGCGGCUAUUAUGGCAAUGCACUACAAGCAGCUGCAUGUUGUGACAACGAAUCGAUUGUGCGGCUUCUCCUCGAGCGUGGGGCA